GAGUUGAGGGCGGGGUGUCGUUCCCUUUCGCUGAUGCAAGAACCUAGUGCGGUGGUGGGAGAGGUGUCGGCAGGAGCAGCGCUGCCGCCAGGACCUGGGGCUGACCCGUCCGACUUCCCGUCUUUGCCGAGCCCACUCGAACCGCAGCCAUGUCCGGGGACGAGAUGAUUUUUGAUCCUACUAUGAGCAAGAAGAAAAAGAAGAAGAAGAAGCCUUUUAUGUUAGAUGAGGAAGGUGAUGCCCAAACAGAAGAAACCCAGCCCUCAGAAACAAAAGAAGUGGAGCCAGAGCCAACUGAAGACAAAGAUUUAGAAGCCGAUGAAGAGGACAGUAGGAAAAAAGAUGCUUCUGACGACCUAGAUGACUUGAACUUCUUUAAUCAAAAGAAAAAGAAGAAAAAAACAAAAAAGAUAUUUGAUAUUGAUGAAGCUGAAGAAGGUGUAAAGGAUAUGAAGAUUGAAAGUGAUGUUCAAGAACUGGCUGAACCAGAGGAUGACCUUGACAUUAUGCUUGGCAAUAAAAAGAAGAAAAAGAAGAAUGUCAAGUUCCCAGAUGAGGAUGAAAUUCUAGAAAAAGAUGAAGCUUUAGAAGAUGAGGACAGCAAAAAAGAUGAUGGUAUCUCAUUCAGUAACCAGACAGGCCCUGCUUGGGCAGGCUCAGAAAGAGACUACACCUAUGAGGAGCUACUGAAUCGAGUAUUCAACAUCAUGAGGGAAAAAAAUCCAGAUAUGGUUGCUGGAGAGAAAAGGAAAUUUGUCAUGAAACCUCCACAGGUCGUCCGAGUAGGAACCAAGAAAACUUCUUUUGUCAACUUUACAGAUAUCUGUAAACUAUUACAUCGUCAGCCCAAACAUCUCCUUGCAUUUUUAUUGGCUGAGUUGGGUACAAGUGGUUCUAUAGAUGGUAAUAACCAACUUGUAAUCAAAGGAAGAUUUCAACAGAAACAGAUAGAAAAUGUUUUGAGAAGAUAUAUCAAGGAAUACGUCACCUGUCACACAUGCCGAUCACCCGACACAAUCCUGCAAAAGGACACCCGACUCUAUUUCUUACAGUGUGAAACUUGUCAUUCUCGAUGCUCAGUUGCCAGCAUCAAAACCGGCUUCCAGGCUGUCACGGGCAAGCGAGCACAGCUCCGUGCCAAAGCUAACUAAUUUGCUAAUCACCACUGAUUUUGCAAAGUGUGUUGUGGAGAUUUGGCUGGACAGGUUUACCAUCAGAGUGGAUAUACCAUUGUAUUAAAAACAAGAUAAAAAAGCUGCCAAGCUCUGGCGUGUGGCUGGUUGGUCUGAAAUCCUUGCAAGAUGCCAAUGCUCAAGCUGUUGACAUACUCAUUGCCUCCUUUAACAACUGUCAGAGAAACAUGAUGGGUAAGGCGGUGCUUUUUUAAAAUCGUUCAUAGACUUCUGUAAAAUGCAAGAUAAAUUAAAGUUAUUAUAACAGUGAUUCUUUCAA